CGUGCCACUUACUGGGCGGGCUUUGAACUGUCAUCUUCUAGUAGGUUCGAGAAGACGCGUGGAGAGUCAGGAAUACGGUGCAGCUAUGGAGACGGCUAAUGAAUUAAAAGAGAGGGGCAACAAGGCUCUGUCGGCUGGGAAUUUGGAUGAAGCGGUGCAAUGCUACACAGAAGCCAUCAAACUGGACCCCAAAAACCAUGUGCUGUAUAGUAAUCGCUCAGCAGCCUUCGCCAAAAAGAGGGAAUACUCCAAAGCCCUGGAAGAUGGCAGCAAAACGGUAGAGCUGAAGCCUGACUGGGGAAAGGGAUAUUCUCGAAAAGCUGCAGCCUUGGAAUUUCUUAAUCGCUUUGAGGAAGCCAAAAAAACCUAUGAAGAGGGUCUAAGACAUGAGCCAACAAAUGCACAGCUUAAAGAGGGCCUGCAGAAUAUGGAAGCAAGGCUAGCAGAGAGGAAGUUUAUGAAUCCUUUCAACUCCCCUAACUUAUUCCAGAAAUUAGAGUCUGACCCCCGUACACGAGCCCUUCUUAGUGACCCCAGCUACAGAGAACUUAUAGAACAACUGAGAAACAAACCAUCUGAUCUUGGCACAAAGCUCCAAGACCCACGAGUUAUGUCAACACUAAGUGUAUUACUAGGGGUAGAUCUUGAAAGUUGUGAUGAGGAAGAGGAACCACCUGCACCACCUCCCCCUCAGCCCAAGAAGGAGACUAAGCCCGAGCCAAUGGAAGAAGACCUCCCAGAAAACAAAAAACAGGCUCAAAAGGAGAAAGAGUUUGGCAAUGAAGCUUACAAGAAGAAAGAUUUUGAAACUGCACUGAAGCACUAUGCUCAAGCCCGUGAACUUGAUCCAGCUAACAUGACUUAUAUUACAAAUCAGGCAGCUGUAUACUUUGAACAAGGAGAUUACAAUCGGUGCAGAGAGCUAUGUGAAACAGCCAUUGAGGUCGGAAGAGAAAAUCGUGAAGACUAUAGACAAAUUGCCAAAGCUUAUGCACGUAUUGGAAAUUCCUAUUACAAAGAAGACAAGUACAAGGAAGCAAUUCAGUUCUUCAACAAAUCUUUGGCAGAGCACAGAACACCAGAUGUUCUUAAGAAAUGUCAGCAGGCAGAGAAAAUCCUAAAGGAACAGGAACGCCUAGCAUAUAUAAAUCCUGAGCUAGCUCUGGACGAGAAGAAUAAAGGCAACGAGGCCUUCCAAAAAGGAGAUUAUCCACUAGCCGUGAAACAUUACUCAGAAGCGAUCAAGAGGAAUCCAAAAGAUGCCAAACUGUACAGCAACCGUGCUGCAUGCUACACGAAGCUGCUGGAAUUUCAGCUUGCACUAAAGGACUGUGAAGAAUGUAUACGACUAGAACCUGCAUUCAUUAAAGGCUAUACUCGCAAAGCUGCUGCAUUGGAGGCCAUGAAAGAUUACACUAAGGCUAUGGAUGUCUAUCAAAAGGCACUAGAUCUGGACUCUGCAUGCAAGGAAGCAACUGAUGGCUAUCAAAGGUGUAUGAUGUCACAGUACCAUCGAAAUGACAGUCCCGAGGAUGUAAAGCGCAGAGCUAUGGCAGAUCCAGAAGUGCAGCAAAUAAUGAGUGAUCCAGCAAUGAGACUUAUAUUAGAACAGAUGCAAAAGGAUCCACAGGCCCUGAGCGAACAUUUGAAGAACCCAGUUAUUGCCCAGAAAAUUCAGAAACUGAUGGAUGUAGGAUUGAUUGCUAUUCGGUGAUGAACUCCUUGCACCUUCUUUUUCUCCAAUGUUGUUAUCCCUUCUGCUACUUCUUUAUUGCUGUCCACCUGUGAGGAAGCACUUGAGUGCUGAAGGACAUGCCAGAAAGUUUCCUCUUGAUUCAGCAAAGUACAGGGGAGAGAUCUGUGCGCCAGACACUCUAGUAUUGCGCUGUUUUUCUGUCAUUCUCUCCCAUUUGCUAAGUUUAUUAAUCUGUAAUGAUGUUAAUAAAGAGCAGCACGUGACAAGA